GCGGGCUAUUAGACAAAACCAUAAGCUUCCACUGGUUUUCAAAAAAAGAUGAAGGAGUUUCACCAUGGGCAAACAAAAAUGGAACUGUAGAAAAUAUUAAUAAAAAACGAGCUCUGGCAAUAAAUCUAAAAAUGGAUAAACAAACAUUAAUAAAAAGGCCGAGAAUUUAUUCCAAGCAUUUUACUGUCCCAGGUAUUUUUUAACGAUAUAAUAAUUCAAUUAUAGGUACAUUUUCCAUAGAAAUUUAAAGUAUUUUUUGUAAGAAAUGAAUGACCUAUUCUGAAGUAGUUUUUACUUUAACAUUACAGUGUUUAGGGUCUUAUCUAAAUAAUAAGUUUCAAUUUAUGUUAUAUAGGUGUACAAAAAAUAACCAGGAGACUAAAAAAAAAAUGCCAUACCAACUCAGAACUCACCAAAAUCUGUUGUUUAUCAGCCUUCACCAAAAAAAAAAAACCCCAAAGAUGUAUUAGAAAUCAUAGUUUAAUAACUAAGCAAAAUUGUAAGGUAAUUAAUUUUUAACUUUAAUAUUUAUAAAGUUUAAAAUACUUUUAAAUAACUUAGUUUGAUAUUUAAUAGUAUGUGAAGAAUUUGGAUUUUUUUUUUGUACUAGGAAAUUUAACACAUGGUGAUGAUACAGUUCCAACACAAUCAGUUGAUAAAAGUGGCAAUCCAAUAAACAAAAAAUUCCAUAUUCUUAGAAUCAUAGAUGAUAUAGGACUGAAAUAUCUAAAACUAGAGAUUUUGCAAUUCAAGUGUCUACAGGCGAAAUUGAAAAUACCAUUUACAACUAUUUUAGAAACAAAAGCAAAACUAAUAACCAUGACGGGCAUCUUUUAA